AUGUCGGUGUCCAUUAAACUUGGAACUCCCCUUGCGGAGGCCCUUAACGAGGCCGUGCAGCCAAAGUUAGUGGACGUUGGUUGGAGCACAGGCGGGGGCGAUGACUCCGCUCUGGCGGAAUACGUCAUUCUUAUGCUUGUCAACGGGAAAACCCAGGAUCAAAUUGCUACAGAGCUUGCAAACGACCUUCUAAGUCUGGGUCCGGAAGAUACAGAAGCUGCUGAUUUUGCAAAAUGGCUAUUUGAAAAGGUUCAUGAACUGAAUAACAAGAUCAAUGGUGUUUCGGCGGAGACAGAGCAACAGAAACAGUCGCAAGUCAUUCCUUCUAUUUCAGAGCAGCAGAACAGCUCAUCUUUACCGGCUGGGACAGGGGAUUUUAGAGAUUCUGAAAUGAGUGGAGAUGUCACCAACGAGGGACAGGAUGGUAAUAUUCCUACCGGCCCCAAAGCUGCGCGAAACCUCAAACAACAGCAGCAAGGUGGACGAGGCAGGAUUAUGAGGCAAAUAAAUAAGACCAUGGACCGCCAGAAUGACUCAGUUCUACACCGGGUACGCAGCCACCAAGGUUCAGAACGAAUCAACAGCCAUUCCAGAGAUCCCCCAAAAGGCCCGAGAGCAUUUCCGGGGAGAAACGGACGUAUGCUUCCAGGGGGCCUAUCCGGACCAAUGGGUAUGGGCAUGGGAGCAGGAAUGGGGAUGGGGAUGGGAAUGGGAAUGGGUGGUGGUCCGAUGCCAAAUGCAGUGCCAGGAAUGGUGUCGUUGAGUCCACAGCAACAAAUGCAGAUGAUGGCUAUGCUGGAAGAGCAAGCUCGAAUGAUGGCUCAGAUUAUACCCGGCAUGGUUCCACCAGCGAUUAACCCCGCAUUUCAAAAUGGCCCGCCUCCGGGCCAACAAGGGCGCUCCCUUUUUGAUCGCGCUGAGAUCAACCCGCACCGGAACCAGCACUUGGGUCCACAGGAACACACAAACGGCCACUCUUCGAAAUUCCAUGCACCAAGCGCAAAUGCGGACGUGGACAUGAACACAUCACAUAAUGCCCCAGAUUCUUCCAUGGACGUUGAUGCGGCCCACGAAACUCAAUCCGCAGAACCAAGCCCACACACUGUUUGUCGAUUUAACCUGAAAUGCACACGGAAAGACUGCCCCUACGCGCAUCAAUCUCCCGCUGCCCCUGAAGGCAUGGUCGUCGACGUGAAUGAUGAAUGCCCUUUCGGAGCAGCGUGCAAGAAUCGGAAAUGCGCUGCCCGACACCCUUCCCCCGCCCAAAAGGUCGAACACCAAUCCGAAGAACUUUGCCGAUUUUUCCCACACUGCACAAACCCGAACUGCACAUUCAAGCAUCCGAGUAUGCCGAUGUGCAGAAAUGGCGCGGACUGCACAGUGCCGUCUUGCAAGUACACGCAUCUGCAAAUCCCAUGCAAAUUCAAACCGUGUCUUAACAGGAUGUGCCCGUUUAAGCAUGCUGAGGGCCAACGUGGUGUGUUUGCGGAUAAGGUGUGGAGGGCUGGAGAUGGGGAGAAGAAGGAGCAUGUUAGUGAACGACGAUUCGUGGCAGAUGAGGAUGGGCAGGAGGAACUUAUUAAACCCGAGACUACCGUGGCUGAUCCAUCUGCCGACGCGGACGAAGCGAAGGGGCACGAGAUUGUGACUUGAUAUAUCUUUUUCUUUUCCUUUCUCAUAUACUUUUCAUGAGUUUAUUUUACUCAUUCAUCACGAGCUGCUUAUCGCACAACCCUAACCCGCACCCCUGGUCACUACGGCUGGCUGGGAUGUUGAUUAAAGACAGCCCACAUUUGAGAAUCUUGUUUCUUCUUUGCCCGGGGUUUUCCUUCUCUCAACCAUGUAUUAAACCUUGCUGUGCUUUUCAAGUUUCAAAGUGGGUCAUGCCUGAGAUGAUUGGCGUUUGGAUAAGGGGAGUUGCUGUUGAGGUUUGUGUUUAUAUCUAUUUUUGUUCUUUUUUCUGUAUCUAGCAUCAAACAAGGGGAUUAUAAAUGGCUGAAAAUGGCGUCAACAUAUUAUUGGAGAUUUUUU